AUGAUUCAAAACUCAACUACUUAAAAAACAUUAUCUAUCAAUAGUCCAAAGCAUUUUGGAACAAUAUUCAAACGCAACUUGACUUUAGAAGAUUAGCGAUUAAAAUCCAUCUAUCUCAAAGAUAAAGAAACAAUGUUUGAAGAAAUUUAGUAACUUAAAUAGGAAAAGAAUAAUCUAAUUUAAACAAUACGCAAACAACAAUCUUAGUUAUAGUAUUUCAAGAAAGAAUUAACAUAGUUUUAACGAGAUGAAGCAAGUCCAACAUAUAAUUAUUCAAGAUUAAAACAAAGUUAUUUAGAGAGAUUAGCUUCAAUUUAGGUAUUUAUUAGAUAGGCUAUUUAGGAAGAGAACUAAAAAUUGAAAGAGGAAUUAGGAUAAACUCAAAAUUAUUUGAAAUAACUUAAGAACCCUGUUGAAUAAUAAAAUAUAGAUAUUUAUUGUAUGCAAUUGUCAGAUGACAAUUUACAUUUAACCUAAAUAUUGGAAUAAAUUGAAAAAUAAAAUAAUGAGCUUUAAGUAUAUAUUAUUUUAACCAAAUUUAGAAAAUUAAUCAUAAAUUGAAUAUCAAAUUGAAUGCUUAAACAGUUUAAUGUCAUAAAUUGAGAGGUUUAAAUCAAUAAUUGCUUUUUGAAAUAGAUAAUUUAAAAAAAAGAAAUAUUUCACAUGAUAAUAAACCUUCAUAACGUGACAUUUAGAAAGUCGACGAAAAAGUAGUAAUUGAAUUAGAACAAGCUAAAAUUGAUAUAAGAAAUUAUUAAUAAAAAUUAAAACAUUGGGAAAAUAAAUAUAAUAGUUUAUAAUUGGAAGACUAAGAUAAGAUUGCUUAUUUAGAAAAAAAAAACAAAGAACUCUAAAAGUAAAUUUCUACUUUAGAAUUGUAAUUUGAAUAAGAAAGGUUAUAGUACUAAUAAAUUUAAUAAUAAUUUCAAUAACAACGAUAUUUAAGAAGAACAGUUGUAUUGAAAAAUCCUUAAAUUUUUGAUGAAUAAGAAUAAAAGAAUAACGAAAAUGAAUUAUAAAUCAAAAAAUAAAUAGCAGUAGAUAAAAAUGCUGUUUUACCUAUUGCAAAGAAAAUUCGUUUAAGGUUAAUUGGAUUAAAAGUACCUUUAAAUGAUGUAGAAAUGUAUUUACUGACUAGUGAAAACUUGACUUUUGAUUAACUGGAGGAAAACUUACAUUAAAGUAUAUUUGGAUUGGAAGAUUCGAAUGAAAUUCAUAUGUUAGCUGCUUAUCUUGCUGAUAUCGAAGAUGAAAGCGAAAGUACCACAAGUAGCAGAGUUAGAAGUAUAUUUAAAACAUUAAUGGAAAAUUAUAUUAUAUUAAAUCCUUAAUAACUUGAUUCAAUAAAUUUAACAAUAAUGAAUAAGAAAUAAGAACUAUAAGAGUUAUUAAUGAAAAAAUAUCCUGAAACAUUUACAAAUGGAUUUAUGAAAAUUGAAGUAAAAAUAAUUUAAUAAAUAGAUAUAUCUUGAUAUUCUUAUUUAAUUAGAUAUACAUUUUAGUAAAAUAGAAAUAGAUCAUUUAUAAGCUUUAAUAACAAAAUAAAAUCGUUCUCCUCGAAUUCUUCUAUAAUAAAUAUAUGCUCCUUUCUAUAUUCCAGAAAUUUAAUUAAAUAGUAAUUCUAAUAUUGAUGAUGAUGAAUUGGCUAAUCCUCUAAUAGGUGAAAAUCCAAUGCUUUCAGAAAAUCCACUAUUCUCUGAAAAUUAAAUGUCAGUAUCUGUAGAAGAUCAGGAAUAAAUGAGUGCUUUAGACAUCAAAAUGUGUAAUUCUCAAGAAUUAAGAAAAAAAAGUUAAUCUGAAUUACCUUAGAUCUGA